AUGCAUCAUCGCACUGCAGUCACACGCCGAGAGGCAGAGUAUGUGGCGCUGUCGGCAGACACGACCGAAGGGGACCUCAAACAGCGACGCGAGAUCAUCAACGGAAGCGUUCAACAUUUGGAUCAGCCGCCGGUGAUCGCCGCCACCCAGGGCAGAAUUCUGAUUCUUGAAGGUCUGGAGAAGUGUGAGCGCAAUGUGCUUCCCGUCCUCAACAACUUGCUGGAGAACAGGGAGAUGUCUCUCGAAGACGGCAGGAUGCUCAUCAGUGCAGAUCGUUACGACAAGCUCAAGAAAACGCAUUCCAAGGAGGACUUCAGACGACUCGGGCUGGUCAAAGUGCAUCCCAACUUCCGUGUCAUCGCUUUGGGACUGCCGGUACCGAAAUACCCUGGCAGCGCCUUAGACCCGCCGCUACGCAGCCGGUUCCAGGCUCGCGAGAUCUCCGGCUAUUCAAUUGGCGUGCAGUACGCUGCCCUGCGCAGCUUUGUGCCGGAUAUGACCACCAAUCUACUCCGCCGCCUUCUCUCGGCCGUCGAGGCACUGCAUGGAGUCAUGGGCAUACCACACAUGGGCGAAAGCGGAGUGAUCUCGAUAGCGACGCUGCUGUCGCACUUCCCAAACAUUGACCUGGGCAAGUGUCUUCCCCGCGUGUACCCCUACCGCCUGCUCAUGGAAAAAGAGGACCAGGAGACGAUCGAAGUCGCGCUGCAGAGAUUUGGGCUGGUCCAGCAGACCAUUCAACCGCCAACCGACAAGAAGCAAGCACCUAUCGACUACGACGAAAGCUACGAACUUGUGAGCGUGCGAAGUGUCGGACCCGCGGAUGCCCUAGCGACGGCUCAACUCAAGUUCAGACACAAGCUCACUGGACAAACCGUCGAUGUAGCGGCGCCGGUGGGCAAGCACGUCGGCCUCGAGCAGCGUCACAGGGGCUUUGUCUUGACCCCCUACAACGACUACCUGGUCACGAGCAUGAUCCAAGACCACGCCAUCAACAGGGACAUCUGCAUCGUGGGCGAGAAGGGCAUGGGCAAGACCGCGCUCGUCAAAGAAUUCGCUGAGCGCCUGGGCUACGCGUCCAACAUACAGAUCGUGAACUGUUACAAGGACAUGACCUCGCGGGACCUGCUGCAGCGGCGCAUCACCAAGCCCAACGGGGCGCAUCGACUUCCCGCCACGACGCUGAGCAUGCUGCAGCGUCUGGUAUCCGACAGGGAGAUCACCUUGUUCGAUGGGACGCGUCUCGUGCGUGUGGAUCGCUACCAGCGUAUGGUGAAAGUCUUGCUGGAGCAAAAGACCAAGAGCUCUGGCGCUGAGAAUCACGAAGGUGAUGACGAAGCUGAUGACGAAGAGAGCGAAAUGGAGCGACGUAUGGGGGUUGACCGAUUGAGGGAGACCGAGGAGGCCACCACUGGCGAUGCGUGGGACCAAGCCAAGGUUGAGCGCGAGCUCAAACGGCGCAAGAUCGUUCCCAUCUCCCCUGCGUUCCGCAUUGUCGUUCUCGCCAAUCCGCCUACGCUCAAGCAGGGCGUCAACUGGUUGACGUCGGAAGUGAUCACCCUGUUUCACUUUCAUCAUCUGGCCUUAAACGACGCGGCGUUCUUUGACCAGAAGGCCGACAUAUUGCGCACCCUCUUCCGCGACCACCCGAGAGGGCUCGAGGUGCUGGAGAAGACUUUGCGCUUCGAUAUUGCGCUCCACGGCAACAAGAUAGGCGGCGUACCCAAUUGUUUGUCCCUGCGGCAGCUCAUCCGCACCGUCCGCUUGUCGAGGGGACUGCUGGCUAACGUUCAUAACGACUUGUCAGAUGCGCUCAAGGUGGAGCUCAUUAAGUCGGACGGCAGGGAGGUGGUCAGAAUCGGCGACGUCACCGCGGAGGUGGAGCAGCCCGAGCUUGCCGAUCGUAUGCUCGAGCUCUUGGGCAAGGAGCGGGAAUACAUGCAGCUGCACAGGGACACCACGGUGCAGUCGCUCACCUCUGCGCCAUCGUUGGCGGACGGUCGCAUCGUAUGGAUGGACUCUCCGCUCGUGCGCGCCGUCGUUCACGGCCGCGUUCUCGUCCUGGAUGAAGCGGACAAGGCGCCCCUUGAGGUGGUUUGCGUGUUGAAAGGGCUCAUUGAGGACCGUUACAUGCUGCUCGCCGAUGGCCGGAGAAUCAUGGGCGAGAAGGCUACGGCCAUGGAAGACGACGUGGUGUUGGUUCACCCCAAGUUCCGCGUCAUCGCCUUGGCCAACAGACCUGGUUAUCCCUUCUUGGGCAAUGACUUCUACCGCGAGAUCGGAGACUGUUUCUCCUGGUAUGGCCACAGUAUCGCGGCUGCGCCACGCACAAUCGUGAUCGUGGAGUGCCUCACUUUACAUAACGUUUUGGUAACAUCCCACAGCCACGCGAUCGACAACCCGGACACCGCGUCGGAGCUGGCGCUGUUGCAGUCCUACGGUCCCGAUGUCAACUCAGAUAUUUUGCAGCGCCUGACUCGUCUCUUCAACGACCUGCGCCAGUCUGUUGACGAGGUGCGCCAUCGCCAGCACUACGGCCGCUCGGGCCAACUGUCGUAUCCCUACUCGACCCGCGAGUUGGUGAAUCUCAUUCGGCAUCUGCAGCACUACCCCAAGGACUCCCUCCUGCAGAUCCUCGAGAACGUGUUCUCGUUCGACAUCUUCAACCCACAGCUGCGCGAGCACCUGGCCCAAACGUUUCACAGGCACGGCAUUCCGUUGGGCAUCAUGGACAAGUCAUUGUUCAAGAUCAACGUGGGCGGGAUCACGCCGCUGCCCCCGUCCGUGCCCCACGAGCAGUGGACGGUCCUGGGCAACGGCAAAGCACACUACCUCGAAGUGGAGGCCACCAAGCUCCCCUUGAAGGUCUCCAAGGGGUGGUCGUGGCCUCCGCCGCACAUGCUCGAGUUGCGAGGAAGGACCGAGGCCAGGGUUCACUCGUUCACCGAAGCUAAGUACUCGUGGAGCAUCGUCACGCCGGGCAUGCCCAUCGCCAUGGUGAGCGGCAAGAAGGGCGAGCUGCACGUGCUGGUCGACCACCCGUUCGGGAUCCACUCCUACAACGGCAACCACUCAGCCUAUUCCAUCACUCCGCUGGGUGACAACAUGCCGUUCUUCUCGCCCUCUUCGACCAACCCCAAGCUCGCCUACCUGCCUCUGACCGACAGAUUGGUGGUGUUCUUGCCCUCCCACAACGUCUUGCUGCUGGUCGACACCAAUCGCAGAGAGACAGUACCCAUCAACAUCCCCGUCCCUGGCAGCCAACAGUUCUCCCUCUUCGGGAACAAGCUCUAUCUGUCCUCGCAGCGCCCGCAGCGCCCUGCGGUCCUGACGAUGAGCGAUGCGCUCGUGCUUGCCGCCGGAGUCGACGAUGGCCCCGACGCCACCGCCGGCCGCGAGGUGCUGGUCCUCCACCAGAAAGAGGGCCGCCUGCUCCUCUUCGUGGACCUGGGCGACAUGAGCGUGCACCGGUACUUUAUGCCGCAUCACUUCAAGCUCAACCGCGUCUUCCUGCCGAGCCGCGACGUCGUCAUCGUCGAGGGCGCCGGCGGCCAGCGAGAUCACCUCUUCAUCGGCCGCUGGCCACUCGCCGCCUCGUCGGCGGGCGCUGCCGCCGCCCAGCAGAGAUGGGCGCCGCUCCUGCGCUCGCCCCUUGCCGCCACCGCGGCGACGCUGCACAGGCCCGCGGCCGCGCCGAGCUUCCCCGCGGCACCGUCGACAUUCCCGACCCAGUUCGAUUUCAUGUCGACCGAGGCCCAGCCCAACUCGUGCAUGACAUUCCUAUCGUCGGCCGAUCCGCACCGCCCGAUGGCGGCCUACGCCGACUUUGUCGACACGUCAGCGUCACCGCUGCUGCUGGCCCGUGGCGACAUCGGCGGAGGCGCGACGCUCGCCGUUCACUCCUUCCCUCGACCCAGCGCCACAGCUUUCGUCGGCGACGAGACAGCCGCGACCACGACAGUGACCGUCAACGAGCGCGCCCUCUACCUGCGCCGCUCGCGUCAACUGCUCUCCCUCAGCCGCAGGCGCUCGCUCAAAGGCGCGGACACGGGUGAGCCGGACGACGGAGUGCUGGAGGUGCUCAAUCUGGAAACGGCUAGCGUGCGUAGCAUUCCGCUGUCGCACGUGCAUCUCCUGGGCCUCGACCCCAAGCAAAAGGACGACCUCCGGCUGAAGAAGCGCCUCUCGCGACCCGACCACCCCAUGGCCCGCUUUCGUGGUUCGAUGAACGAGGUGCUGAGUCUGUGCGAGCUGACCAACGGGGAGGUGGCCCUCCUUUGGGAGGACGGCACCGUCGCCGUGCUCGAAGUCGACCCGCCGGCCAUCGAAGACAGCCUCCAGCGAUGGAAGUCGAUCGUGGGGCUGUCGCAGUCAGCGGUGAACGAGGACGGCUCGUCGUCGCUCGAGAUCGAGUACGAGCACAACGGGAAGGAGGCCGAGGGACCCAAGCACGGCAAGAUCGACCCCGAGAACACGCCCCACGUCGGCGGCAACACCUGGGCCGGCGGCUCCGGCGGACGCGAUACAGCCGGGCUCGGCGGCAAAGGCGGCGCGUACCGGUCGGACAGCGGCCACGAGGUGCACCAGCUCACCGAGGCCGAGAAGGAAUCGGUCUCCGCCGAGGUCAAGGCGGCCGCCAAGGAAAUGGCCAAGAAAGCGCUCGAGAAGAAGCUGAAGGAGAUCGACAUGACCGAAGGCGACCUGCAGCUCUACUCCAACUACCUGCAAGCUGUCUCUCAGCAGGUGAGCCAGCUGCGCGUGAUCCUCGCGGCGGUGGAUGCCAAGGCCAAGGAGCGCCAGUGGCUCAAGCUCAAGACCUCGGGCGACCUCGACGACAUGCGGCUGGUGGAGGGGAUCACGGGCGAGAAGACCAUCUACAAGCACCGAGGCGAGCACGACCCGACCCCCGGCGGCCCGCAGGAGAAGCCCAAGCGCCUGGUCUUUGCCUUCGAUGUCUCGGCUUCCAUGUACCGCUUCAACCAAGCUGACCGACGGCUUGAGAGGAUGCUGGAGACGGUGGUGAUGAUCAUGGAAUCCUUCAAGGGCUUCGAGCACAAGUACUCCUACGCCAUUGUCGGACACGCCGGUGACGGGCCGGAGGUUCCAUUCGUGGAGUUCGGUAAGCCGCCAAAAAACGAGAACGAGGCGCUCAAGGUGCUGCGCCGCAUGCACGCCCACACCGAAUACUGCCCCAGCGGAGACUCGACCGUCGAGGCCCUUGAGGUGGCCAUCGACCGGGUGCUCGCCGAGGAGGGCGAUGACUACUUCGUGUUCCUCCUCUCCGACGCCAACCUGGGCCGGUACGGGAUACCGCCGAAGGAGAUCGGAAAGCUGAUUACGGGCGCGACGGAGAAGAAGGUGAACAGCUACGUCAUCUUCAUCGCCUCCUUCCACGACGAGGCCGACCGGUGGCGCCGCGACCUCCCCGUGGGGCGCAGCUACCUGUGCCUCGACACCGCCAAGCUGCCCUACAUCAUGAAGCAGAUCUUCACCACCAACCUCAUGCCCUGA